AUGUGGGUCGCCUCAGCCUCAACAUCAGGGACAGAACGAGAGCUCCACACCCUUGAAGUUGGUUGGCAGGUGUGUAAAGGGCUCUACGGGGACAAUCUCCCUAAGUUAUUUGUCUAUUGGACGGCUGAUACAUAUAAGACGACUGGAUGCUACAAUUUAAAAUGUCCGGGCUUUGUUCAAACUAACAAGAAAAUUCUACUUGGAGGAUCAUUUACUAAAAUUUCUAAAUAUAAUGGAAAACAAUAUUGUUUUACCCCAAUGAUCUGGAAGGAUUCAGAGACUCAGAAUUGGUGGCUUAGGGUUGGACCUGACAUAAUUGGGUACUGGCCAUCCUCCUUGGUUCCACUCUUAAAGAAUCAUGCAAGUCUGGUUCACUUUGGUGGGGAAAUAGUGGAUACUGGGCCAAAUUGGUAUCACACUUACACUCAAAUGGGUAGUGGAAAUUUUCCCAACGAAGGUUUUGGAAGAGCUGCAUACGUUAGAACGCUACAAGUUAUGGAGGCUAACAACUACUUGACUCAAAUACCGAUUCCACAAUUUGAGGCAACAUUCCCAAAUUGUUAUGAUAUAAAACAAGGGUUUAGCAAUAAGUGGGGCAAAUACUUUUACUAUGGUGGACCUGGCCAAAAUAGUAAAUGUACCAGAGGGAACAAAUAAUAUAGAGGUAGAAGUAUAAAUGUGAACAUUAUUUUGAAACAAAGUCUCUUUUUGGAGAUUGUGAUUGUUUAUUAAUUUAUCAUGU